GACGCUGCUGCACCUGGAGCCGGAGCCCGGCAGCUGCGGCGGCGGCGGCGGCGGCGGCAGCGAGGGUGGCGGCGGCGGCCGGGCCCGGUGCUAGCCCAACAGAGGAGAGCCAGGGCCGGUCCGGCUCGGGCCGGCCACACCAGACAGCGCAUCCCCGGCGCCGUCAUGGUGGAGGCGGCGCCCGCCGGCCCCGGGCCGCUGCGGAAAACCUUCCUGGUGCCCGAGAUCAAGCCACUGGAUCAGUACGACUUCCCGCGGGCCAAGACGGCCGCCAGCCUGGCCUGGGUGCUGCGGGCCGCCUUCGGGGGCGCAGAGCAUGUGCCUUCGGAGCUAUGGGAGCCUUUCUACACCGACCAGUACGCCCAGGAGCACGUGAAGCCUCCGGUGACGCGGCUGCUUCUCUCGGCCGAGCUGUAUUGCCGGGCCUGGCGGCUGGCGCUGCCCAAGCUGGAGGCUCCGCCCGGUCCCGCCGCCCUGUUAACACUGCUGGCCCGGCGGGGUCUGACCCCGACCCUGCCCGAUCGGCCCGUGCGGGAGGCUGACCUGCGGCAUCAGCCCAUUCUCAUGGGCGCCCACUUGGCUGUGAUUGAUGCCCUUAUGACGGCCUUUGCCACAGAGUGGACCGCCUCCCUGCCCGUCCCUGCGGCUCCGGGCAGCUGGGAGCACAAGCUCCUUCUCUGGGUGGACUCGACCAUGCGGCGACUGCAGGAGCUGACCGAGCGGGAGGCGGCCCAGAGAACCCCUGUGCCCCCAGCAGACAGCGCUGCCCAGCCCUCGUGUCCCACCCGCUGGUACUGGAAGCUCGUUCCCCACGCCGUUGCCUUCUGUUUGAAGGAGUCAGGGAGCAAACCCCCUGUGAUCCGGUACCGAAAGGACCGGGCCGUGGCCCGCAGGGCCCCCUGUUUCCCUGUGGUGUCGGGUCUCCAGGACUUGGCUAGCGGAGCCGCCCUAGCUGCCAUCAUCCACUGCUACUGCCCCCAGCUGCUGAGGCUUGAGGAUGUGUGCCUGAAGGACACCAUGUCUGUGGCCGACAGUCUGUACAAUCUGCAGCUAGUCCAGGACUUCUGUGCUGCCCGCUUGCCGGGGGGCUGCCCCCUGGCUCUGGAGGACUUGCUCUAUGUGCCGCCCCUCCUCAAGACUAACGUGGCCGUGCUGCUAGCCGAGCUGUUUCUGUGCUUUGAGGUGGUGAAGCCAGACUUUGUGAGGCCCAAGGAGCUGCCGGAUGGGCGAGGUUCCUCUCCUGGGGUCAGUGAAGCCUCUACUCCACCGAGUGGCAAUGGAGCCAGCUCCCCUGUUUUCAAUUUCCGGCACCCUCUUCUGUCUCCAGGGGGGCCACAGUCCCCUCUCCGUAGGUCAUCAGGUUCCUUACAGUCCUCUCCCUCCAUGACCCACAUUGAAGCUUUUGGGAAGGCAUGGAACCGGCAGCUCAGCCGCCCCCUGUCCCAGGCUGUAUCCUUCAGCACUCCCUUUGGCCUGGACAGCGACGUGGACGUGGUCAUGGGGGACCCAGUGCUGUUACGCUCUGCCAGUUCCGACAGCCUGGGCCCCCCAAGGGUUUCAGCGUCGCAGCCUCCCCCAGAGCCAGCCCCGGAGCCUGGGGACCUCCCCACCAUAGAAGAAGCCCUGCAGAUCAUCCAUAGUGCUGAGCCCCGCCUGCUCCCGGAUGGGGCUGCUGAUGGCGGCUUCUAUCUCCAUUCCCCCGAGGGACCCUCCAAACCCACCCUGUCUUCAUCGUACCCCUCCGAGACCUCAAAGCUUCCUGCUUACUACCCUCACCCGGAGGGGGGCUCGAAGGCCUCCAAGCCGCCCUUGACUUCAUCCUACCCGCCUGGAGAAGCCUCCAAGCCCGUCCCGCCUGAGGGCUCCCCAGCAACUCCCACCCCCCGAAAGAGACCAGCCUUUGCUGGAGGAAGAAGCAGCUGGGAAACCCAAGGCGGGCCGGGAGGAAACCGGGGGCCCCUCCCGAGGCCCCUCCCGAGGCCCCCAAACUCAGAAGAAAGCAAGCCUUGCAAACUGGAAAAGAAAAGGCGCGCCAUCCAGGCUCAAACGGUCUGUUCUUUAUCCCCACCUCUGGGCCUCUUUAUGUUUUCCCUCAGGUUGGCCCAGGAAGAGAGGGCCCGAGUUGGAGCCGGGGCCAGCCUGGAAGAGGAGGGCCCAUCCCGGAGAGGGGACUUUACACGACAAGAAUAUGAGAGACGGGCACAACUCAAGUUGAUGGACGACCUGGAAAAAGUACUACGACCUCGAGGGACGGGGGGUGGGCCUGGAAGAGGGGGUGCCCGUCGGCCCCCUCGACCUCGAUCCGGCUGCUGUGAUGACUCGGCCCUGGGCCGCAGUCCCCGAGGUCUCUUGGGAUCCCGACUUAGCAAAGUGUACUCCCAGUCUACCCUGUCCCUUUCCACUGUGGCCAACGAUUCUUCCAACAACCUUGGGGUGAAAAGGCCCACAUCCAGGGCUCCUUCUCCAUCAGGCCUCAUGUCCCCCAGUCGCCUGUUGGGUAACCGUGAUCGGGAUUGGGAAAAUGGGAGUACUGCUUCAUCACCAGCCUCUGUCCCAGAAUACACGGGUCCCAAGCUGUACAAGGAGCCCAGUGCCAAGUCCAACAAAUACAUCAUCCACAACGCCCUGGCCCACUGCUGCCUGGCUGGCAAGGUCAAUGAAUCUCACAAGAACCGCAUCCUGGAGGAAAUUGAGAAGAGCAAAGCCAACCAUUUCCUGAUCCUCUUCCGGGACUCGAGCUGCCAGUUCCGAGCACUGUACACCUUCUCUGGGGAGACGGAGGAGAUGUCCCGACUGGCCGGCUACGGCCCCCGCACCAUCACCAAGUCCAUGGUCGAGGGGAUCUACAAGUACAACUCGGACCGGAAACGCUUCACCCAGAUUCCCGCCAAGACCAUGUCCAUGAGUGUGGACGCCAUCACCAUCCAGGGCCACUUCUGGCAGACCAAGAAGCCCAGCACCCCAAAGAAGCCCAGCACCCCUAAAUAGCCCAGACAUUUCCUGUCUGAGGCCUGGACUCUGCUCCACAGCCAGCUGGGGGCCUUCUGUCCCCAAGGGUGGUUCCGGAGAGGGAGGGGGAGAAGGGAGGUGCUUUGUACCCCCUCUUCCAGCCUGGUCCCUUCUCCCCUCCCUGGUUAGGAGACUGGGCAGGAAGGAGAUCUGGACUCCUCGUGCCCUGGACUCUCCUCAAUCCUCUCCCCAACUGCAUGUUUCUUCUACCCCGGUGCCUCUUGGAGGCAAUGUCUCUGUUCCCUACUCCCCCGCCUCCCAGCCACCUCUUGCCUGGACAGAUUUGGUCCCCAGUGUUGGGGGGCUCCCAGUCUCCAAGCCUUUGGAAAACCAAUUUAUAAAUUCUGGCCUGAGCCCAGGGUAGGAUUCCAAAGGAGCCUGGAUCUGCAUUCUACUUUUUUUUGGGAGGGGAUAUUGGGGGGGGGGGGUGGUUUUCUUGCUCCCCAUCUCUCCAGGUCCUUUUCUUCCCUGGAAGAUUCUGGAGGGAGCCUCUUCAUCUCUGUGUCGUGUCCUGCUGUGGGGAGGGGGAAGCUGGGAGCUUCAGGGACUCAAGGCUCAGCUCAACCACCCCCUGCCCCUGUCUGUCCUCUCUACCUUGAAUAAAAUAAUUUAAAGAGAUGUUCUUGACCUCUUCCUUCUCAAGGAUGGGGUGACUGGAAGCUUGGGGAGGGAUGGAAGGUAGGCGCAGGGCUCCCCUGUUCAGAAGCAUUCAAAGAAGAGAAAUCCCUCCAGCCUCCACCCAAGAACUCCAGCGAUGGAAACUCUUCAUAUUUCUGUGGCAGCUUAUUCCUAUCUUUCUGAGCCAGACUUGCUCCUCCCGGCUCUUCCUUCUGAGGCCGAUCUAGGCAAGCAAGUCUCUUCAAGUGUCAGUCCUCCCAGGACUGAAGGGAACCAACAUGGUGCCAUCUAAGCCUGGGCCACCAUUCACUUCUGAAUCUUGUUGGUCUCCAUCCUAAAACAUGGCAUCCAGGGAAACCCACAACUC